AUGAACAUCGUUCUCUCCAGGUGAGCACAGGUGUGGGUGACGGAGGACACGGUGACGAACGCUGAGAAGUGCUUCGGCCAGUUCUACUUGCUGCUGGCCGCCUACACCCGCAAGAGAGCCUGGCUGCGUGACAAGGCCGACCAACUGGUCAAGCAGCUCAUCGACUUCGCCAACAUGGAGAACCCGGAGAUGCGGGCCGCCCUGAGGAACUUCGCCGAGGACCUGGCCAAAGUGCAGGGUUACCGGCAGGCCCAGGUCGAGAGGCUGGAGACCGAGGUGGCCAAGCCCCUGAAGCUCUACGGCGUGCAGAUGAAGCAGACCCAGGCUGAGAUCAAGGAAUUCAAACACGUCCGGAACGAGGAGCUCAAACAACUGGAAAAGCUGGAGAGACUCAGGCAGAAGUCCCCUUCCCAGAGGCAGGCUCACACGCAGGCGGAGACCGGCGUGCAGAGGGCCUUGGCGGAUGCCAGCCGCACCUCCCACCAGCUGGAGGAGAUGGUGGAUGCCUUCCAGGAACAGAAGCUGAAGGGCCUCCAGAAAAUUUUUUCGGACUUUGUGACCAUUGAGAUGGUCUUCCACGCCAAAGCGGUGGAGGUGUAUUCCAGUGCCUUCCAGACCCUGGAGAGCUACGACCUGGAGAGAGAUCUGGAGGAUUUUAGAGCCGAGAUGCGUGGAGUUCACGGGCGUUAUGACGCUCGGCUGCUCACGGACACCACCUUGCCCCUGGCCGUCCCGUGGUUUCUCACCCAGAGCACCCAGAGCACCGUACGGAGCCAGAGAAAAGAAGCAGCCAGUGAGGACAAGUCUGCCGAGGAGGACCCCAUGGAGGACCUCAGGGGACAGGGGAAGGGGCUGCUUCGCUAG